GGGAUGACGGUCCACAACCUGUACCUGUUUGACCGGAACGGUGUGUGUCUGCACUACAGCGAGUGGCAUCGCAACAAACAUGCGGGCAUCCCCAAGGAAGAGGAAUACAAGCUGAUGUAUGGGAUGCUCUUCUCCAUUCGCUCCUUCAUCAGUAAGAUGUCCCCCCUGGACAUGAAGGAGGGGUUCCUGGCCUUCCAAACCAGCCGCUACAAGUUGCAUUAUUACGAGACGCCCACCGGCCUCAAGGUGGUCAUGAACACAGACCUGGGCAUGGGCUCCAUCCGAGACGUCCUGCACCACAUUUACAGUGGGGUCAGUUCCUCCCCCGACCCACCCCCACUGGCCAUCCACCAAUCACCCAGCAGGCUAAUGUUUGACACAUUCAAUGAGCUGGAGAAUAACACGGCUGUAAGGAUUUUCAAACCCGAUGACUUUUUACACGUUUCGGAAUCACUUUCCAACCACGUGUUGAAAUGA